GGACAGACAAUUGUGUCUGAUUAUGUUUGGUUGAGCUAUGUACGAUGGGCCAUCGUCCGGCGGCACGGGAGGAAAACAUUAGCUAAACUAUAUAGAAAUACCGUUAGAGACGGACCGACGGAAUAUUUGUCAGUGUUACUCUUGGUUGCCCAACAGUCAGUGAUUUCCACUCUGGAACCCCAAACAAGUGCUCCCUGCCUCGUCGAGUCAGAGGUGAAGUCAGCCUACAAGUGCCUGUGCCAUUGCUGUGCACACUCCUUUGUGUCCCGACAUUCCUGCCCACCUCCACCCUCCCCUCCCUGGUUCCAGGAGGGGACGACUGUUCUCCCCCCUUCACUGUUGCCCUCCCCCCCCCCAAACCCCCAUCCACUUGCCCACCAUGUCCUCCAUCCUGCCCUUCACGCCCCCGGUGGUGAAGCGUCUCCUGGGUUGGAAAAAGAGUCCGGCGGGCUCCGGCGGCGCUGGCAGCGGAGGGGUGGAGCUCAACGCCCAGGAGGAGAAGUGGUGUGAGAAGGCUGUGAAGAGCCUGGUGAAGAAGCUGAAGAAGACGGGGCAGCUGGAGGAGCUGGAGAAGGCCAUCAGCUCCCAGAACUGCAACACCAAGUGUGUCACCAUCCCUAGCAACUGUUCUGAGAUCUGGGGUCUGAGUUCAGCUCACACCAUAGAGAAGUGGGAUACCUCUGGAAUGUACGGCUUCCCUGACCAUACCAGGUCUCUGGAUGGCCGUCUCCAGGUGUCCCACAGGAAGGGCCUCCCCCAUGUGAUCUACUGUCGCCUGUGGCGCUGGCCAGAUCUCCACAGCCACCACGAGCUGCGGGCCAUGGAGGCCUGCCAGUACGCCUUCCACCUGAAGAAGGACGAGGUGUGCGUCAACCCCUACCACUACCAGAGGGUGGAGACCCCAGUCCUUCCUCCAGUGCUGGUUCCCAGACAUACAGAGAUCCUGACAGAGCUCCCCCCUCUGGACGACUACACACACUCCAUCCCUGAGAACACCAACUUCCCUGCAGGCAUGGAGCCCCCCAACAACUACAUCCCAGAGACCCCUCCACCGGGAUACAUAAGUGAGGAUGGAGAGACCAGCGAUCAACCCCUGAACCAGUCCAUGGACACAGGUUCUCCAGCUGAACUGUCACCUAGUGGAACAUUGUCGCCUGUCAGUCAUGGCCUGGACCUCCAGCCGGUGACGUACUCAGAGCCGGCGUUCUGGUGCUCAAUAGCCUACUACGAGCUGAACCAGCGGGUGGGGGAGACCUUCCACGCCUCGCAGCCCUCGCUGACGGUGGACGGCUUCACAGACCCCUCCAACUCUGAGCGCUUCUGCCUUGGCCUGCUCUCCAACGUCAACCGCAACGCUACCGUGGAGAUGACACGGAGACAUAUAGGCAGGGGCGUGCGUCUUUACUACAUCGGAGGAGAGGUGUUCGCAGAGUGUCUCAGCGACAGCGCCAUCUUUGUCCAGAGCCCCAACUGUAACCAACGCUACGGCUGGCACCCGGCAACCGUCUGCAAGAUUCCACCUGGCUGUAACCUGAAGAUCUUCAACAACCAGGAGUUUGCAGCCCUGCUGGCCCAGUCUGUGAACCAGGGCUUCGAGGCUGUCUACCAGCUGACUCGCAUGUGCACCAUCCGCAUGAGCUUUGUCAAGGGCUGGGGGGCUGAGUACAGACGCCAGACAGUAACCAGCACUCCCUGCUGGAUCGAGCUGCACCUCAAUGGGCCUCUCCAGUGGCUGGACAAGGUUCUGACCCAGAUGGGCUCGCCCUCCGUGCGCUGUUCCAGCAUGUCUUAAUGACCCCUGACCUUCAACCAGUAUUUCCCUAAACCCCCAGUUCAUCAUCACCAGAAAAACCAUCAAACAGACUCUGUAUAUUCCCCAAUUCUAUUCCCUUAUAAGAUUUAUUUUGACUCUCUCUCACAAACAAACACACAUGGUCAGUUACCCCUAAGUCCAUAAAGUGUGCCCCUAAUGGAUGCUGUUCAGAUUGUGUCAACGUCUGAAGCCGGACAACCGACAGAGACAGAGACAGAGACAGAGACAGAGACAGAGACAGAGACAGAGACAGAGACAGAGACAGAGACAGAGACAGAGGGCCCUCUGAGGGAUGUUUGUGUCCUGGACACAGCUUCAGGAGGCUGGGACCAGACCACAGAGACCACGACAAGGUCUCCCUCUAGUGGUGUGCUGAGGGAGGACGAGCAGCACAUUAUUUGACAUGCUAGUCAGUCUUACCACACCCUCUGCUUUCUCUUUUCUCCCUAUCUGUCCCUCCUAUCUCUCUCUCUCCUCUUUACUCCCCUCUAUAUAAAAAAAAAAAGUGUUGCCUUUGUAGUGAGUGAGUGGCUGUCCACCAUGUUGAAGAGGAACGUCCAAGAAGACGGAAAGACCCAGAAGUUACACGUACAAUCAGACCGUUUUUUUCUCCACAGCAGACUAGAGAAUGUGGCCCAAUGUCAGCGUUCUAGCACAAGUCUGUGUUCUCCUUCCUGCACACGUCUGGAGUGAGUGUUGCCAAUCAAAACGGUCCUACGGACCAAACCGAGCAGUUGGUUACUAAAUCUUCUUUUUGCGGUCAAAAUCUUUCAAACGUCAAAUAUUUAAGCUUUAAGUAUUGAUUUACUAGUCUAGCAUAAUUUUGCACCAUUUAUUUUUUCCUUUUAGCUAACUUUUUGUAUUUCCAUGUAUUUUUAUAUAUAAAUAUAUUUAAAAUCUUUAAAACUUUUUUUUCAUUUAGAAUUGAGCAUUUCUUUUGAUCUUGCCCACUUUGGGCCUCAUGAAAUGAGAAGUAGCAAAGUUGCUGUGUCUGACUGGUCUGCUGUCUACAGUAGAGAGACCUGCUCAAACAAGCCCCUCACCCUAUACAUUCACACUUUCUGUUUAGCUCAAGCAACCCUUCACCUAGACCAUCACACUUCCUGUUUAGCUCAAACAAGCCCCUCACCCAUCUCGUCUCCCGUACUUGGUUCUAGUAUUUGACUAGGCUGACCCCCCCCCCCCCCCCCCUCCCCAGCCCAAGCCUGCUAUUCUAUCUAGGUGUUUGUAGUACGGUGUGAGAGUGUGGACACAGUGAGUACAACAGGACUGCCGGUGUCAUGAGUGAAUCGUUGUGACAACCUGUAACCUCUGUGGCUGUAGGCGACAGUGUGCAGAUGAGACCUGGAUGUGGACCAGAUGUAUAUGCAUAUAACUGUGGAUGUAUAUACAUUUAUACACAGUCAUUUAGUUCCACACACUUUUUUUUUUUUUCAUUCGUUUUUAACUGCAAAGCAUUUGACAGUGGAUGAGCUUGUGUUUCCAAUAGAAAUGUGCUGUUGCUGUAGGAUGUGGUCUCUGAGCUCAUCAGGUGUUACAUACAGUAUGCAGACUUAAGUACACUAAUAAAAGUUUGACUUCUCUGGA